CUCAAACCUACGCACGCCUCGUUUGUGCGAUGCUGAAACGCACCCGCACGCCGCACGCCCUAUGGCGUCCGGCAGUGCUGCCGUGGCCCGCUGCGCUUCCCGCUCGCGCACUCUCGACCAGCGCCCGCACCGACAGCACCGCCGGCGAAGCAGCUACGUCGGCGACGCCUGCCCCGCCUGCCACAUCAGCCGAGCGCCCGCAGCCUUUGACGAGCAAUGCGACGCUUCUCUCGCGCUUCUACGCGCCCACACAGCGCUCCACGGAGGUAGACACGCCGCUCAGUCUGCUGCAGCGCGGCGGCUACAUACGCGCCUCGGCCUCAGGCGUCUACACCCUGCUGCCAGCAGGCCUGCGCGUGCAGCGCAACAUUGCGAGUACCAUUGCUCGCCAUAUGCGUGCCGCAGGCGCCUCGCAGGUGCAGAUGCCGACGCUGUUGCCGGCGGCCGCGUGGAAGAAGAGCGGCAGGUGGGAUGGCAUGGGGCGCGAGCUGUAUCGCCUCAAGGACCGCGCGGGAAAGGACUGGCUGCUGGCGCCUACGCACGAGGAGGAGGUCACCUCGCUUGUAUCGGAGCUUGCGCUGAGUGCAAAAGCGCUGCCCGUGCGGGUCUUCCAGAUGACACGCAAGCACCGCGACGAGCCGCGCGCCCGGGCCGGGCUGGUGCGCACGCGAGAGUUCCUCAUGAAGGAUCUCUACACGUUCGACGUCGACGAGGCCGCGGCAUCGAAGACGUAUGAGGAGGUGCGGAAGGCCUAUGCGGCCGCGUUUGACGAACUACUUGGGCCCGGCAACUGGCGAGCUGCAGAGGCAGAUACCGGCGCGAUGGGAGGACAGCGCUCGCACGAGUAUCAGGUGGACGAUCCGACCGGCGAGGACACCAUCCUCUCGUGCCAGAGCUGCAGCUAUGCCGCCAACGAGGAGCUCGCAGCGGCGCUGCCGACGCGUCAGAACCCGCCCUCUGCUGCAGACGACGUGGAAGUGCGUCUCUACGGCCCGACAUCGCUCCUGCCUGGCGCCACGAUGACUGCCAUCGUGGGUGCCAAAUCGCGCCGCCUCAACGAGACGAAGCUGCAGCGCCACCUCUCCGCCGACCUGCGGCCUCUGCCGCUGACGAGCGAAGAGGCGUGGGAGUGGAGCGAUCGUCCCGAGGGCCCGCUGCCGGCCUAUGAGGCCCUGCACGUCGUGCUCGAUCACGAGUGCCGCGGCCUCGAGGCAGACGAGGUGGGCGAAGCGCUGCGUGCCGCAGCCCUGCGGUACGGCUCUCCGCCGGGCACGCCCGCCGAGGCACUGCAGGACGGACCGACGCUCCAAGAGCUCUUCCCUGCACAGCUGCAGCUCGGCUCCGAUGCUCCGCUCGAGGCCGUGCUGCCAUUGCAGUACGCGGAUCUGCGCAGUGUCGAAGAGGGCGACACGUGCGCCUCUUGUGGCAGUGGCCAGCUGCGUUCGACACGCACCAUCGAGGUCGGCCAUACCUUCCAGCUCGGCACGCGCUACUCGGAUGCCCUCAACGCCACAUUCACGCCGUCGGGCGACGGCCCGCGCGUGCCGUACCAGAUGGGCUGCUAUGGCAUCGGCAUCACUCGCCUGCUCGGCAUUCUCGCCGCCAAGGCGCAUGAGCGAGCCUUGCAGGCAGGCCGCACGGGAUUUGCCUGGCCUCUACGCCUGGCUCCGUUCCGAGUUCUCGUUAUAGUGGACUCUGCCAAGGAGGAGGCAUUGGAGGCGGCACAUCUCGUGGCCACACGCUGCGGUCGACGAGGCUUACUGCUCGGGCAGAAUCAGGUCUCCUUCGCUGAUAUUAGUGUGGCAAUCGACGACCGCAGCGUGCGGCGAGGAGAAAAGUUUGCAGAUGCCGACCUCCUGGGCUAUCCGCACAUCUUCGUCAUUGGCAAGCACUGGGAGAAGACCGGAGAGGUCGAAGUGCGCGACAGGGCACGUGGCGCUGCCCCUGGACGCGAGGAGACAUGGUAUGUCCGCCUGGGGCCGCUACGGCUAGGACCAAAUGCGUACGUGGGUCCCAUGACGGCGCGUCCGGCGCGGCAAGACGGGAACGCUGAGCAAUAAAUGCGUCCAACGAGCAAGCCAAAGGAUCUCAUUUGCGAGCGCGUAGCUUGAUCGAGGCCUCAGCGCCAGUACAGCGGGCAGUCGGGCAGCA